AUGCUUCGAAUGUGCAUGGCAAGACGUGUUGCCGGCGUUGUACGAAGUCCUGUCCUCCUCAACAAUCGGCUUACACUAGAAGACGUCUUGCACAAGGAAAAUUUAUCAGGCACAUCAAACCUUACAAAUAUAGAUGAGAAAAAGGACAAUAUUCCUGAACAAAAUGGAAAGAGUGGAAAACAUAUUCUAAGAACAAGAGUACUUCCGGCGGUUGCAUUAGGGGGGACGGCAGUUGUAGCUGCCCCUGCUGUACUCUGUGCGUUGGGAUUUGGAGCAGGUGGUAUCGUUGCUGGCUCUACUGCGGCUUCUUUGAUGUCUCUGUGUGGUGGAACUGUCUCAGUCGGAAGUGUCCUGGCUAUCAUGCAGUCAGCGGGCGCAGCAGGUAUUGGUAUAGCGGGCAAUGUCGGCAUCUUUUCUACUGUUACAUUAUCAUCCGCUGGUGUCAUGGAAGUGGGCAGUAGAAUCAAAAAGAAAAUAAAACGGGGAAACAACGACGCAAAAUAA